ACUUCCUUGAGGCGACGGAGUGGCUGGUGUGGCGGCCAGGUCCCUACUGUGUUUUAGUCCUUAAAGUGUAUUUGGGUGGCUCACCUUAAUGCUGUAAAACCUUCACGAUGUCGAGAUCAUAUCAGAGACCGGAGAAUGCUCUUAAAAGGGCCAGUGAAUUCAUUGAUGUUGGGAAACCUAAUAGGGCCUUGGAGGUCCUCUAUGAAGUCAUCAAAAGAGGCAAGAUGCGUAACACCUACUCUGAGAAGCUUCUGGAGCCUAUUAUGUUCAAGUACUUAGAGCUGUGUGUUGACCUCAAGAAGUCUCAUCUGGCCAAGGAAGGUCUCUACCAGUAUCGAAACAUUUUUCAGAGUGUAAAUGUGUCAUCCUUGGAGACUGUUGUGCGGCACUACUUGUCUCUGGCUGAUGAGCGGACAGAGGCUGCCCGUAAGGAGAGCCACCAAGCUGUUGUGGAUGUUGAUGAUUUAGACAACUUGGCAACACCUGAAGAAAUUUUGUUAUCUGCUGUUUCGGGAGAGGAUGCUCAGGACCGUAGUGACAGAACAAUCCUCACACCAUGGGUCAAAUUCCUCUGGGAGAGUUACCGCCAGUGUUUGGAGCUCCUGCGUACAAACUCGCGAGUUGAGCGACUCUACCAUGACAUUGCCAAACAGGCUUUCAAAUUCUGUGAGAAGUACAGCCGUAAGACAGAGUUUCGUAAGCUGUGUGAUAACUUACGUACUCACUUAUCCCACAUCCAGAAACAACAGGGGUCAGCAACAGCUGUUAACCUCAAUAAUCCAGAAACUCAGCAAAUGAAUCUGGAAACACGUCUGGAGCAGCUCACAUAUGCCAUCAAAAUGGAAUUGUGGCAGGAAGCCUACAAAGCCAUUGAGGAUAUCUCAGACCUCAUGAACAAGUCAAAGAAGAUGCCUAAGCCACAUGUAAUGGCCUCUUACUACCAGAAGCUGUCCCUUGUAUUUUGGAAAGCUGGUAAUAUGCUGUUCCAUGCUGCUGCCCUCUUCAAGCUUUUCCAGUUAUUGAGGGACCAGAAAAAGAAUAUCACAGCUGAGGAGGUUGGCAAGCGAGCAUCAAUUGUACUGAUUGCCACAUUGGCUAUUCCACUGCCUUCUGCUCACCCAGAGUUUGAUAGAUUCAUUGAGACAGAAAAAUCAGCCCUUGAAAAAAUUGACAAGCUGGCAACGCUUCUCUCUCUGCCCAAGCCACCGACUCGGGUCUCUCUGAUCAGGGACUUAAUGCGUUUCAACGUGGUGACUGCAGUGCCCCAGGAGCUGCAGAAUCUAUAUCGGUUGAUGGAGGUGGAGUUUGAUCCUCUUCAUUUGUGCACAAGAAUGCAGGGGAAUAUUGAGUGGAUCCAAGAGCAUCCUGAACUUGGAUUGACCCAGUAUGUUACAGCAUUGCAAGAGAUGACCAUUACUCGUCUUGUAAAGCAAGUAGCACAACUCUACCAAUCCAUCACUUUCAAGCGACUCCUCGAGCUGAGUGUGUUUGUCAGUGGCUUCCACCUGGAGCGCAUCUUGGUUGAUUUAGUACGCCAUAAUGACUUGCAGAUUCGUGUUGAUCAUCGCAGCGAGUGUAUCCAUUUUGGUGCAGAUCUGAGUGAAUCACAGCGAGAGGAUCUACCAGAAGGCCCUAUGCUUCAAUCACUGCCGUCAGAGACAGUCCGUUGUCAACUGGUACAGAUAGGCUCAGCAUUGCAGUCCUGUCUGGACCUCAUCGUUCCUGAUAAUAAGAAGAAGGAAAUGGAGCCAAUGAGAGCCCAAACUAUCCAGUUUUACCAGCAAACAAAGUUGCGUGAACACGCGAAGAUCUUACAGCGUCAGCACAUCAUUGAGGAGAGGAAAGAAAUGCUUGAGAACCAGAAUUUGGAGCGUGAAGAAUCUAUCCGCAGAGCACAGGAGGAGCAACUGAAGAAGCAGAAAGAAGAGGAGCAACAGCGUUUAGAGCGGGAGGCUAGUCGACGUGAGAAAGCCAGACAGGAAGAACAGUUGAAGCAAAUUCAAACCAAACAAAUUAAGGAUAGGCUUUUACAGAUCUCACAGACUUCCUAUGGUCAGAAAAUGAUGGAGAAGUUUGAUGAAGAGGAACUGCUGAACCUUGGUGCAGAGGAGAUUCUGCAGAGGCAGGUUGAAGAAUUGGAAAAGGAACGAAAAGAACUCCAGCAGCGACUCAAGGCUCAGGAAAAGAAGGUGGAUUAUUUUGAAAGAGCCAAAAGGCUGGUGGAAAUUCCACUUUUAAAGAAGAUGUUGGAAGAUGAAAAGGAGAAGGACAAGGAAUUCUGGCAAUCUCAAGAAGAAGAUCGAGUUAAAAAGCUUGUUGAAGAACAUCAAGUCAGCUUAGAACAUAGCAAGCGAUUGAAUCGAAUGGGCAGCGACCGCACAGAUUUCCUGAAUCAGCUCAAGUCAACACGACGAUCUGAAAUUGAGAAAAAGCUUAAUGAUUUCAAUGCUCGACUUGAAGUUGAACGAAAGAAGCGACAAGCUGAGAGGAAAGACCAGAGGCGUCGUGAACGUCGUGAGACCUACUACCGUUUGAAAGAAGAGGAGGAACAACAGCGUAGGGAUGAAGAGCUGAAGAAAGCAAGAGAGGAUCAGGAGAGGAUGGAGAGGGAGCAGAGGGAGAGGGAAGAGCAAGAAUAUCUUGAAAGAAAGGCUCAGCUCGACAGACAGGCAGAACUCCAAAGAGAGAGAGAAAGGGCAAUAGAAGAGAAGCAGAAGAUGGAUGCUGGUCGUCGUGUUACUACUACUGAGGACUCGGGUUGGAGAAGAGGUCCUUCUAGAGAUGAACCCCCAAAAGAAGAACCACCGGCACGUGAACCAGAACGAGAACGAGAACGAGAAAGUAGUGAGCGUUCUGGAGUAUGGAGGGCUGGUGGAGGUGGAUGGCGAGAGAAAGAACGUGAAAAACUAGAUGUCUGGCGUCGCAAGGAGGAGGAAGAGGAGGAGGAGGAGCAGCAGCAGCAGCAGCAAGAGCCUGAGGCUGAGCCUGAACCUCCAAGGGAACCAAGAGACCGUGGGAAUCGUGAUAUCAGACAAGAUGAACCACCACCACCACCUAGGGAUCGAGGCAACCGUGAUAUCAGACGAGAUGAACCACCUCUUCGCCGAGAAGAGAGGGGCAGUUUUGGUAGAGAUAGGGAGGACCGUGGCGGAAUGGGUAGGGACAGAGAAGAACGUAGUUUUGGAAGAGACAGAGAUGAUAGGUUUGGCAGGGACCGUGAGGACCGUGGAGGAUUUGGCAGAGAGCGGGAUGAUCGGUUUGGCAGCAGAGAUGAACGAAGCAGCUUUGGAAGCAGAGAUGAUAGGGAUGGUGGUGGUGACUGGCGUCGUGGAUCAGCCCGUACUGAUCGUGACUUUGGCCGCGAUUUCGUCCGAGGUGAUCGGGACUUUGGCAGCAGAAGUGAUCGUGGAGGAGACCGUGACUUUGGGGGUCGUGGAGGAGACCGUGACUUUGGGGGUCGUGGAGGAGACCGUGACUUUGGGGGUCGUGGAGGAGACCGUGACUUUGGGAGUCGUGGAGGAGACCGUGACUUUGGUGGCCGUCGGGAUAUGGGUCGUGAUGAUCGAGACCGUGGCUUUGGUGGCCGUCGAGGAGACCUUGAUGAUCGACGUGGAGGCGACCGUGGACCAUCUCGCUCAGAUGAAGGGGGCUCUUGGCGAUCUGGUGGACCACCAGCACCACUUAGAGACAGACCCCGCAUUGAUGACCGUGAGAGACCGGAGAGACGUGCUCCAGAUGAGAGGCGGGGUGGUGAUGAGAAGCCUGGUGGUGGCAAUGCUUGGCGUUCUCGUGAGGAAGCCCGGAAGGAAGAACAGCAAGAAGAAAAGUCACGGGCACCCCAGGAAGAGCAAGAUGACGAGGGUUGGACUACCGUGAGACGUUAAAUAAAACUGGUAACUUAGUUUAUAUCGAGUGAAUUUACUUAGCCUCUGCUGAGAGGUUGUUGGUUUUGUAUUACCAGUUGGGGAAUCGUGGAUUUUAAUAAAUUUUGUAACCAUAAAUAAGGGGAGUUUUAUCUGGAUUAUAAUCUUUCUUGGUACUGCCGUAAACUCUGGAUAUUCUUCUGUGAAGGAUCAAUAAUGGAAUUUUUUCCACUCUUGCAAGCCUAUUCUUGGUUGGUGCAAGGAAGCAUUAAUGGCACGAAAAUCCAAAACUGAUUAGGUACCAAGUGUAAGGUUUUUCUUUUAAGAAUUAUCUAGCUUGUAAGUGCUAUAUGCUUUUGUUUAUAUAAAUAAAGCAGUGUUGUUGUUUUUUUUUUACAAAACUUUAAGUUUUAAAGGAGUUGUUCAGUACUGACAUGUUGAUUGAACCGUUGGAUACUUCACUGAGUAUCUGUUAUUGAUAAGAUAUUAGACGUUUACAGCCAAGAAAUAAUAAUAUAAUUUUUGUAUGUCUAGUGAUCAAUUUUUUUAAAAACUUAAGGUAAUUAAAUUUUAGUUCUCUUCAUGUUCCCCACAAUGUAUCAGAAAUGUAAUUGACUUUAAGAUUGCCAGAUCUAUUAUAAUAAUGAAUAUCUUUGCUUGAAAAUCUUAAAUAUUAUUGUAACCAUCAGUAUAUUAUCAAUAAAAGGUAGUGGUAUAA